AUGGCCGCCUCUUUACCAGGUGCUGACCACAACCUACCCUUUACACAGCCCGUCUGCCAGAACUGUCAGACUUCGACCACCCCUCUCUGGCGACGCGACGAAGCGGGCUCAGUCCUCUGCAAUGCCUGCGGCCUCUUUCUCAAACUCCACGGCCGACCUCGCCCGAUCAGUCUCAAGACCGAUGUGAUCAAGAGUCGCAACAGAGUCAAGACAGCCAAUCAAGGCCCGAAGAAGAAGUACAAGCAUCCUGACUUGUCCAAGUUCGAUCAGAAUGGCCUCCCAGCCUCCCAGUCUGAGAUGGUGUCUCCACCUAAUGGCAUUAACCCACACCGUCGCGUUUCUCAGAUGGCGGCGUCUGUGACCUCAGAUCGCUCACACUCGCCGGUGUCGCGAACGGGAACACCAGGCGCUCUACACGAUCCUAAUAUCGCCCCGCAACACUUGUUCGACGGUGCAGCUAUCAAUGACCCUCACUUCAAUGGCUCCCCUUCACUCCCAGCCAUGCAUUUCAACCAUCCCUCGCCCGGCGCCAUUUCUUUGGGCGGCGACCGCCAUCUGGAAGCGCCCAUGAGCUACGAACAGCUUGUAGUUGCAAACACCAACCUGCGAACGCGAGUGUCUGAGCUGGAAGUGAUCAACAUGGUCUAUUCCGACAACGAGAACAGUCUGCGUGCUGAGCGCGACCGCGCCGUCAAGGAACGAGACGAGCUAAAACGCAAAUUCGAGGAGCUGGAAAAACGAAUCCAAGAACUUAAUGACCCAGAGCAGCCUACGAAGCGGCAACGACUAUCAAAUGAACCCCAAGAUUAA